GACUCUUUUCUUCACAAAAUCAGCAAAACGGACCCAUUUUACGACAAAGAACGAAUUUUGGAGUUAAAGGGCCCCUUCUUAUACGAAUCCUUCAGUUGGAUUCUCGAUCAUGAAGACUUUCAGAAAUGGCGCCACACAAAGAAAAGUGGUGUACUUUGGAUUAAAGGCGACCCUGGAAAGGGCAAGACAAUGCUCCUCUGCGGCAUAAUCAAUGAAUUGGAAAAAAAUUCCGGAGUGAAUAUCAACCUGGGCUAUUUUUUCUGCCAAGCCACAGACUCCAGAAUUAAUACUGCUGCUUCGGUUGUUGCGGGCUUAAUCUUCUCUCUCAUUAAGCGACACCCGGCACUCCUUUCACCUAUUUGCAAGAAACAUGAAGAUAACUUAAGUCAACUCAAUGGCCCUAAUGCGUGGGCUGUUCUAUGCAAUAUAUUCAAAGAUCUGACUCAAUAUUCAACCAUACAGUACCCCGUUUGCAUUGUCGAUGCUCUCGAUGAAUGUGAGCAUGAUUGCAAGCUACUCUUGAGCCUUAUCGUCAAAACAAGCGGGCGUGUCAAGUGGCUACUUUCGAGUCGGAAUAUCAAAGACAUCGAGCGGGGAUUUCGGUCAAUUGAACCUAGUCGGAGACUGAGCCUGGAGCUAAAGGAGAAUGCCGAAAACGUCUCCAAAUCUGUCGACACUUACAUCAACAAGUCUAUCCAGGAUAUAGAAGCGCUAGAAGAUGAUGAAGAACUUCAGACCAGAACAACUGAAACUCUGAGAAAAAAAGCGAAUGGCACCUUCCUCUGGGUGACCCUCGUGAUCGAACAGUUGCGUAACACAGACCAUCGCCAUGUGGAAGAGGUGGUGGACCAAAUGCCAGAGGGUCUGGAAAACCUCUACGACCUGAUGAUUCAACGAGCCAACUCGAAAUUAAGGCAAAAAGAUCGAGAAGCCUGUCGAAUCCUGCUCUCCAUUGUUACCACAGCCGAGAGGCCGCUUCACCUUAAAGAACUCCAUGUUUUUAUAUGUUCUCAAUGGGAACAUUACAAAGUGGAUUACAAUAUGCGAGAUAUGAAGGAUAUGGUCAAAGAUCUUGGAUCUCUUUUAUCCAUUAGAGACGAGACUGUCUACUUCAUCCAUCAGUCAGUCAAAGAUUACAUGGUGGGGAAUGCCGCCAAGACCAUAUUUCCAAAGGGAAUCGAGUACCAGCAUUAUAAAAUGGCUGAAACCUCACUGGAUGCUAUGUCAUGCAUUUUGAGGCACAAUAUAUACGAUUUGAAUGAUCCACAAAUACGCGCGAGCGCUAUUACACCACCGUCUCCAGAUCCCUUGAUGCCUAUAGCCUACUGUUGCGUAUUUUGGGUUGAGCAUUUAUAUCGCGGAUGCGAGUCCAGGGGAUUUAAAACUGAUAAAGUCUUUGAAGAUGAAGAAAUUCUUCACUCAUUUCUCAAAACUAAUUACCUGGCCUGGUUAGAAUCUUUAGCUCUCUUGCGUAACCUUACAGAGCAAGGAGCAGAUGCUAUUCAAAAGCUAAAGAAUCUGGCUACCAGAAAAAGGGGGACAAAUUGCCUCAGAACGUUUAUUAGCGACGCCUAUCACUUCUUUCAUUCCUACAAGUCCGUCGUGAGGGAUUCGCCCCUACAGCUGUAUCAUUCGGCUAUUGUCUUCGAAGACAGGCAUAGCGCAAUCUACAAGGCGUUCCACCAAACUGUAUACGUUGGCUUUGGGAGACUCCCUACGGUCGUAAAAAGGCCACGGAGACAGUUCUCUCUUUUUCAUGAAAUAGCUCUCGGUAGCUAUUAUGGUGUUAUCCAAGUGCUCUAUUCACCAACCACUUCCGCAGUAUGUGUGUUAUGCACGGAUGGUACCAUCUCGAUCUACAGAACAGACACAGUAAAACGUGUAAUUGAAUUGAGCGUGGAUAAGACAUGCCACCAUUAUGUCUCCUUUUUGCCCGAUUUCAAACACUUGGUUUCUGUUUCUUACACAGGUGUCGUGCAAACGUGGUCGAUCGAUAGCGGGGCCCUGGUACAGCAACCUGAGAGAUACACUACUAGGUCCGUGAUGAUAUCUCCAGGGUCAACAUAUGUGGCGACUGGAAAUCCUGAGGGCAGUAUCAACAUAUGGGAUGGAACGAGUGGUGAGUGUGUUCAGGUGCUCAAAAGGGACGAUUCCAAUGCGCCUUCUCCAGUUUUCUCACCAAAUUCAGAACUUAUUGCCUGUAAGGAAGGGGAGCAGAAUGAUGUCCGGAUCUGGCACCUCAACACUGGGAAGUUAAUUCGACUGCUUGAAGGCCAGAGUAAAUACAGUAUAUAUGAGAUGGCAUUCUCAGACGAUUCAAAAUACCUAGUUAUUGGCUACAGCAGUGCAGUGGUGAAGGUCUGGUGUGUGGAAUCUGGCAAAUGC